UGCCGCGUGUCCCUCUUCGAUUCAUCGAGACGUCCAACCGCACACGAGGGCGCUCAAUGAGACCUCACGCCUCGGCCCGCCGGCGCGGAGUGCGGCACGCCGAGCUGUUGGCCGCGACGUAUGCGGCGCUCGCGCGCAUAGAGAGAGAAGCCGGCGGCAAGGCGGGAGUCGCUGCGCUCGAGGGAGCGACCAUCGCAUCUCCAAUGGCGCGCCGCGUUCUCGGCGAGAGGCUCGCGCGCCGCCUGCUCCUCCGGGCGCCGCUGGUGUACGGCGUGAGUGGGUACUCUGUGACUGUCGGCCGGGGCGUCCAUCCCAACCAGAGUUGGCCGCGGGUGCUGGAUGGACUGCUGCGGCCGGCGUACGAGGGGGCGGGCGGCUCGUUCGAGCUGCGAAGCGCCGCUAUGGGCGCACUCCCCUCCUUCCCCACCGGCUGGUGCCUUGGAGAGCUGCUGGGCGAUCCAGACGUCGUGACAUGGCAGUUCUCGAUGAACGAGCCGGUGCGGGGCGGCGCCAGGUGCAACCGCGCGUCUGAGGCGUUCGCGCGCGCCGCGCUCGGCAUGCACAGCCAGCCGCUCUUCCUGCUCGUCGACGACAAUGCGCGGCGAACAGCGAGCCUCUCGCGAGCAUUUGAGGCGUCUGGCGCGCAUGCGAUCGUGCCGUCGCGGUUGCUACCCCUGCGCGGCGCGCUCGCGCCGUGGAACGAGACGGCAGCGCAGAUGAAGGCGCAAGAGUGCCCUCGCGAGUGCCGCGUCGGGUCGUGGCAUCCCGGGCCGCGACACCACCGAACUGUCGCUUGGGCCAUCGCGCAGCUGCACCUGAGCGAGGUCGCCAAUGCGCUGUGGAGGUGGCGCGAGGCGCGGAGCUGGGGUAACGCCACGCGGGGCGAUGCCUUAGCCGUUCCGCCCGUGUGCAGCGCGGAGGCGCCCUGGCGGGCGCCGUUCCCGAUCACCGGCUGUGCCACCGCUCUCGUCACGCCUGACACGCACACAGGGCGCAAAGGGCUUGCACGCUACGCCUCCCCGCGGCUGGUCUGGAGCGGUGCCCUCGUGCUGCGAAACGGGAGCUGGCCAGGCGCGCCGCCGCCCUUCGCUUGGGUCGAGACCAGCCAGCCGAGCGCGCACGCUGCGGCGGCGCUCGCGCGCAUGCGCCGGUGCGGCAACGACUACGGCGACCACAAGGCGUCGGGCUGGCUCUCGCUCGCGCUGCCAAUCAAGCAGAGCCGCUGCAGGCAGGCGAUCGUUUGCGAGGCCCCCGUUGUCUCCGGCUCCAAGCCCGUCGGCCUUGUCGGCACGCAAGCGCAGCUCGCGGGGCCAGAGGUCCACGCAUUGCUCACCCACGCGCACCGUGCCUUCCACUGAGAGUCGAUGCGGGAAUGAGCUCCUGCGUGACUCGGGCUGUGGGAGACGGGGGGGACAGCCCAGUCCUUGCCUAUGAUAACGCGAGGCCACCGUUGCCUCUCAGGUGGAGUGGGAGAUCAGCGGUGGUCCAGCUGCCGCUGCGCGCGUGGAGAACCUUAGAUGCCACCAAUCACGCAGCGGGCAGAUUGUGUCUCACGCAAGCGCGGGGAUCACAUUGUGUCUCUCGCACGGCAACGUCGUGCCGGCAGUGUAGACCUGAGUGCACGGCGGUAGGUGGAGGACCCAUUCGACAGGUCCUUCGCCACGUACGGCACGCCGGCGCAGCUGGGGACCAAGCGGAGUAGCACCGUCUGCAUCGUGGUGCGCGCAGACACAUUCGACCCCCCAACCAACCAACAAACCACGAGGAGGAGCAGUCGCGUACUUGACAGUUGCCCCCUCCGCCUACGCGUGAGGGCCGAGGGGGUCUUUGUUCACGUCACGCACGUCAUUUGGUAGCAACUGUGGUUACGUGGGUGGAGGUGUUUUGACUUUUGUUGGUGUGUGUUACUUCCUUCUUAUUUUCUGUUCUUCUUCUUCUUCUUCUAACUAUUAAAAUAGUUUGU